AUUUUGUGUUUUACAAUUAAGAAAGCAAAAAUGGUAGCAGUGAGUGGAAGAAGUUUAAGAUCACAAAAACGAGGAAAGGACAAGAGAAUUUGGUAGGCGGCACCCCCAAAUCGGACCCUUUUUUCUUUCCAAUUCUCCGUUUCUCAAUUUUACCCAACACAACACCUUCUCUUCAAGUUUCCCAAAACAAACAUAACCAGUAAAACGUUCUUUAACCUUUGGAAGGUUUGUCCCAUUCCAAAGAGCAAAAGUCUCGCACCCCUUUCCCCCUUCAUUAAGAAUUGUCUCAAGCUUCGUUCUUGAAGUUCUGGGGUUGCUCAGAUUCCAGUUGGGUAUCGAGAAUGUUCAACGGCAUGAUGGAUCCCGAUUUGAUUAGAAUCGCUCAGGAGCAGAUGAGUCGCAUGUCACCUGCUGAGUUGGCUCGGAUCCAACAACAGAUGAUGUCUAAUCCAGAGCUGAUGAGGAUGGCCUCGGAGAGCAUGAAGAACAUGAGUUCUGAAGACUUUAAACUUGCUGCUGAGCAGCUAAAGCAUACUCGUCCAGAAGAAAUGGCUGAGAUUGGUGAAAAGAUGGCCAAUGCGUCUCCUGAUGAAGUGGCGGCAAUGCGAUCCCGGGUUGAUGCCCAGAUCAAAUAUCAGUUGAGUGCAGCUGAGAUGUUGAAGAAGCAGGGCAAUGAACUUCAUAGUCAAGGAAAGUUCAGUGAAGCUUUGAAGAAGUAUACGCUUGCUAAAGAAAACAUCAAAGAGAUUCCAUCUUUCCAAAGUAGAAAGCUUCUUUUGGCAUGUUCUCUCAACUUGAUGUCCUGUUACUUGAAGACAAGGCAGUAUAAUGAGUGCAUAAAAGAAGGUUCUGAGGUUUUGGCAUAUGACGCAACGAACCUUAAGGCUCUUUAUCGAAGAGGUCAAGCAUAUAAGGAACUAGGUCGACUAAAUGAUGCUGUUUCUGAUCUGAGCAAGGCGCAGGAAGUGUCCCCUGAUGAUGAUACAGUUGCAGAGCUUUUACGGGAUACCAAGGAAAAAUUGACAAUGGGAGGUGGUGAGCAAUUGACAAGUGGACUAGUAAUCGAAGAAAUAACUGAAGAAGUCGAGGAUGUACCACCUAAAAGCUCUUUGGAACAAACAGCCCUUCAAAAAAAAUCUGGUGACACCUCUAAGAGUACAAGUACAGCUAACAAUAGAAAUUCAAAAUCAAAUGCAGACAGCUUAGAUGCACUGAGAAAGGAUCCUGAAGCUGUCAGGUCAUUCCAGAACUUCAUUCAAAACACAAAUCCUGCCACGCUGGCUUCUUUGAAUGCUGGACAAUUCAAAGAUGUGUCCCCAGAUAUGAUCAAAACCACCUCUGAUGUAAUUAGUAAGAUGUCACCUGAUGAACUGCAAAAAAUGCUUGAUAUGGCUUCUUCAUUUCAAGGGGACAACCAAUUUUUAAGAGGAGGUCCCCCUGAUUCUUUUAACCCAGGAUCAAUGCCUCCCAAUGUGACACCUGACAUGUUUAAAGCAGCAAGUGAUAUGAUAAGUAAAAUGCCAGCUGAUGACCUCAAGAAGAUGUUUGAAAUGGCAUCAUCACUAAAAGGGAAAGAAUCUAUUCCAUCCGCAGCAGCAGUAGACGAGAUCCAAAGAAAUGUUCAUCAGUCAAACAUCCCAUCAUCAAGUACUAGUGAAACUAGUCAUUUUGGGGAAUCAAGUUCUUCUCAUAAUGUGUUUUCAAAUAUGAGAAGCGCUUCUCAGUCAAACUUUCCUUCUUCCAGUCCUGAUCUACAAGAGCAGAUGAGAAACCAGAUGAAAGAUCCAGCCAUGCGGCAGAUGUUCACAUCCAUGAUUAAAAAUAUGAGCCCGGAAAUGAUGGCAAACAUGGGUGAACAAUUUGGUGUUAAGCUUUCACCAGAAGAGGCAGCAAAAGCUCAGAAAGCUGUCUCAUCCAUGUCACCAGAGAGCUUGGAUAAAAUGAUGCUUUGGGCAGACAGGAUUCAAAGAGGAGUUGAAUCUGCAAGAAAGACAAAGAACUGGCUGCUAGGGAAGCCUGGGAUGAUCUUUGCAAUAUGCAUGCUCAUUUUGGCUAUCAUUCUUCACCGGUUAGGCUUCAUUGGUGGCUAGAGUAAGGGUAAAACAUUAUGAGAUUCCCUAGGCAUUCAACCAUAAUCUUCUUGUGUGAUGGCAUGAUUGAAUAUAUUAUCAGCCAAGAGACAAUGGAGAAAGGAUGGGACAGACUAUUUAUUAGUUACCUGGAAAGCAGUGCCAAAUUGGCAUCUCAUCAGAUAUGUCCAAAUUGAGAAUGUGACUGACUUUUUUUGUAAUAUAUUAUUAGCUCGAGUUGUUUGCCAUUUAGCAUUGGGAGGAACCCCACCAUUCAAUAAAUUAGUAAUCUUUUAUCAUUUUGGUAUCCUAAUCCUAAUGUAGCGUUUGAUUUGGUAAGAUUAUUUGUAAAAUGUACACAAUUCCUUUUUUUUUUUUGAUGUUUUGCUCACUCAAAUCUAUGGAACUACUAAUUAGAGGAUAUAGUUUUA